AUGGAGGCAGCGUGCACGGCGCGCCAUGCGGGCUUUCAUCGUCUCGGGCCGGGCUCCGCCAGAUUCCCAUCUCUCAGGCGCUUUGUGCGCGUGAGCGCCGCACAGCAUCGCAGCGGGCGCGGCGCAUGCGAGGGCCGCGAGGUCGGUCGUGACAGUGCGUCCUCCAAGCAGCAGUUGGACCCACCGCCGUUUAGGCUGCCCCGCCGCGCCGCGCGCGCCGCCCUCUCCGCCGCCGCCUCCGCGGCCGCCGCGCUCGCGGCGCUGCUGCCCGCCGGCUCGGCGGCCGCGGCGGAGGGGCUCGCGCCGCUGUCCCUGGACCCCGAUUUUGCGGAAGGCGCCGCCACCCCAGAGCUUGUUGAGGUGUUCUUUUUCGUGGUGGCUACCUACAUCGGCCUCAUGUUCCUGUACCUGUGGCUCGCUUCCAUGAUAGACGAGGUGAGGCGAGGCGCGCGCGGCCUGCUUCUAUGUGACGUCAGCCCCGCGGCCGGCCUGGCCGCCGGGACGCAUGCCGCUUGA